AUGCGCGCGCCCCCGCCGUCCUCGCCGCCGCUGCCGCUGCUGCCGCCGCUGCUGCUGCUGCUGCUCGCGCUCCUGGCGGCGCCCGUGGCCCGCGCCCGCAGAGCCGAGUCGCCGCCCGCGCCCGAGCGCCCGCCGCCCGGCCCCGUGCCCCGCAACGCCACGCGCGCUGAGCCCGGCCCCGGCGGCUCCAACAGCAGCGGGGACGCCCUCGUCACCCGCAUCUCCACCCUGCUCCGCGGCCUGCCCGCCCUCAAGGCGGCGGCCGUGGUGGCCUGCGUCCUCAGCGCCCUCCUCGUCGCCUGCCUGCUGCUGCGAGUCUGCAGAUUUGGAAAGAGGUUAAAGAAAACCCGCAAGUACGACAUCAUCACCACCCCGGCUGAGCGCGUGGAAAUGGCCCCGCUGAACGAGGAGGACGAUGAGGAUGAAGAUUCCACAGUAUUCGACAUCAAAUACAGGUAAAACCUGUCUUCUGGAAUGCUGGCGUCCUCCCGUGGGGGCUUGGCGGGUUGUGGCGAAGGACCCUGGGAGCAUCUCACAGGGCUCCCCCUGCCAGUCACCUCCGCUGCCCUUCCGAUGCCCCCCACGGUGAAAUCUCCUCCUCCAAGCCUCCUCCUCCUUCCUACCGGGUGAAAGGUACAGACCGUGAAGCUGCAACGUGGAGGACCAGCCCCGGCACGGGGGACCGACGGCUGCACCCACACACUUCCCCAGACUCUUGCCUUUGGGGGGGGUCCCACCCCACCCUGUGGACGGCUUGGUUGGGUCCUGGCUCUCUGUGAUGUGGCGAGCCGUGGCGUUUCCCCCCACCCACUCCCUCUUUCCAAGGGGCUCAGCAGAAAAGAGCAGUGGCUAGUCACAAAGAAGUGUAGAUUAUCAGGGAAUGAGUGUGUGUGUGUGUGUGUGUGUGUGUGUGUGUGUGUGUGUGUGUGUGUGUUAUAGAAAUAACACCUCCUCAAGGGAAUGCAAGCACUGGGCAGUUAGUUUUGGACUUAAUAUUUUCCUGGUGGUGUUUUGGUAUUUCUCAGUCCUGUCACUGUUCUGUGUUGUCUUAGAAAUACAAUUAUAUAUAUGGUUAUUUAAAUGAGCAGUGGCUUGGCUGGCUGAUAAAGGGGCCAUUGUCAGGGGUCCCGUCUGAGGUUAGUGUAGGUCAGACUGAAAACCUCCAGAUCCAGGAGGUGCCCCAAAAUGUGUGUGUGUGUGCCACCCCAUUCCCC